AUGAUUCUGAGUAUGAUUAUAGCUCUGGCUUUUCCAAGAAAGUCUUGUUCUUAUGAAAAUAUAGCACUUCUUAAACCUACAUGGCAAGCUACAACAUAUUUGAAUCAUUCUGGACUUGGACCAGAAAAGGCUGUUGAUGGACUUAAAUUCAACCGUUCUUGGUUUGGACACCAGUGCUCCAUAUCCACCACUGGUCAAACCACAGCCACCUGGUGGGUUGACCUUCAAGACAUCCUUAGUAUCCACCAUAUUAUUAUUUAUUACAGAACCGAUAACGUCCCUUGGGAUAGUGACAAUCACUUUACGACACGGUUUCUGGGCUUCUCGGUUUUUGUGUCAAAUACACGAAACAAGGAAGAUGGAACAUUGUGUUUCCAUGAUAACGAAUACAACAUCACAACAAUCGCAGAUGUCGUCAAUAUUACUUGUACCGUUCACGGACAAUAUGUUAUAUAUCAUAAUGAAAGACUUCUCACGAAAGAAUAUCCUCAGGACUAUUCUGAAACUGCUUUUAAUGAGUUGUGUGAAGUUGAAGUUUACGAAAAUAUCGCAUAUAAACAUCCGACCUGGCAGAAAACAACACAUCCUUCUAAUUUUGGACCUGAAAAGGCAGUGGAUGGUUUAAAAUCAGACUUUUCUGCAAAUGGUCAUCAAUGUAGUAUUUCUGCCAAUAACCAAAGG